CCUCAUGAAGAUCUCAACACCUCCUUGUAUUCUUCUCUCAUAAGAUUUCUGGAUCCAUAAUCAUUCACGUCACAGAGAGAGGGAGAGGAGGCUGAAACAGGAUAAUAGCCUUUAAAUCCCCUUCUCUAAGCACUCAGAUCUUCCCUGUCAGCAAGAUUAAAGCGGUCAACAGCAGUCCCCACGCGUCUGUAUCCCACAGUGAGUUUUCACAACAACUGGAGCUGGUGGUGGAUGGGGAGCAAAGAAAUGUGAAGCUGCUUUUCGUGCCGGAUGCUUCAGCCAAGAAGGAGCAAAGUGAGAGAGCAGCGGCAGCACCAGCAUCAGCAAGCGGCACAGGUUUCCUAGCAGUGGUGGGGAGACAGAGAGGCACCUCCCUCUGACUCUAAAGGAACCAUGUGGAAUGCGGAGCAAGGAAGGCCAUCUGAGACCACAGACUACAAAGCAGAAGCUCCAGGGGCCACCAUGGAAUUGGCUGCAGGAUGUAAAGAUACAGUAUGCAUAGACACACAGUCUGAGAGAUUUGAUGCCAGAUACUUGGGAUCCUUGUCUCAACUCCCUCAAGAAACUGAGAAGAACUACUUCUGCUUGGAGGAUGAGGAGGAGGGGGAGAAUGAAGAAGGAGAUCCUUCAGUAUUUCCAUUCAGCCCUGCUUUUGCUUCUGGAACAGCUGGUACUUCCUCCUCUGUGCUGAAUGUCAAUGUCGGUGGCCGAACUUACCGGCUGACUUACCAGGCAGUGGCCAUCUAUCCCACAACGCGCCUGGGCCGCUUGGCUACAUCCACUGACCGGUGGCAUCAGCUAGGCUUGUGCGACGACUACGCGGCCCAAGGUGACGAGUAUUUCUUUGACCGAGACCCUGCCGUCUUCCAGCUGGUCUACAAUUUCUAUGCUUCAGGAGUUUUGCGGGUGCAGGAUGAGCUAUGCCCCCGCAGCUUCUUGGAAGAGCUGAGUUACUGGGGAGUACGGCUCAAAUACACCCCACGCUGCUGUCGCAUCUGCUUUGAGGAGAGGUGUGAUGAGCUAAACGAGCAGCUGAAAGUGCAAGAGGAGCUACGUGCCCAAGCCGCUGUCCAGGAGAGCGAGCAUCUCUUCCAUCACAUGCGCUAUGCGGUGCAGCGCUGGCGCCUCUGGAACCUCAUGGAGAAACCCUUCUCCUCAACCAUGGCUAAAGUGAUGGGGGUGGCCUCCAGCCUGUUUGUUCUCAUUUCUGUGGUGGCACUAGCUCUCAACACUGUGGAGGAGAUGCAACAUAAGGACAAGGGAAACAGAGAGUUUCGGCCCAUCCUGGAGCAUGUGGAGACCUUCUGUAUUGCUUUCUUCACUUUAGAGUAUGUGCUGCGGCUGCUCUCCACCCCAGACCUACGGCGCUUUGCUAGCAGUGCCCUCAACGCUGUAGACCUCAUUGCAGUCUUGCCCCUUUAUCUCCAAUUACUGUUGGAAUGUUUUGUCGAUGAGGACUUGCCUCAUGGGCAAGGUUCCCCCCAUGAACAUGAAAUUGAAAAAGUGGGGCGAGUGGGGAAAGUAGGGCAAGUGCUACGCAUCAUGCGCCUGAUGCGCAUUUUCCGCAUCCUCAAAUUGGCCCGCCAUUCCACGGGGAUGAGAGCCUUUGGCUUCACUUUGCGCCAGUGCUAUCAGCAGGUGGGCUGCCUCUUUCUCUUCAUUGCCCUGGGAAUCUUUGCCUUCUCCGCCAUGGUUUACACAGUGGAGCACGAUGUUUCCAGCACAAACUUCACCAGCAUUCCUCAUGCCUGGUGGUGGGCUGCCGUUAGCAUUUCUACAGUGGGAUAUGGAGACAUGUGCCCAGAAACCCACCUUGGGCGAAUCUUUGCUUUCCUCUGCAUUGCUUUUGGAAUCAUUCUGAAUGGGAUGCCCAUCUCGGUCCUUUACAAUAAGUUCUCUGACUAUUACAUCAAGCUGAAAGCAUAUGAAUAUACAGCUAUCCGAAAGGACAGGGGCAAAGUGAACUUCACCCGAAGAGCCGUGAAGAAAAUCUCUGAGUGCUGCGGAAACAGGCCAACACAACUGCCAAGACACCGAUACCAUUAAUUCUCUAGGAAAGAAAAGGAGAUGGCGAAGCCAAAGACCAAGGUGCCCCUUGGGGCAAUCCACACAAGAGACUAGGCUAGAAAUUUGGGGGUCGGUAGGAACGAAGAGCAAAGGAUACACUAUCAUUUGAUUCAAAACUUUGAAAAAAGAGAUACAGUACUUGAUUUUUGUUCUUGUUACUUUAUCUGAUAAAAGUUCCAGCCGACAUUCACACAACCGCUGGAAUUCAGCUGGAUCAAUGGACUGUGAACAAGCAAUUGAUUCCAGUAAGGAGUGCUCUGAGAAAGGAGGUCUAAUGAGACACCAUAUGUCUGGUCUGCAAAUCAACACAAUGUUACCCAUGUUGCUGUUUGAUGAUGAACAAAAUGUGUGCCCUGCCUGUAAGUAAAGAUGCACAAGAACCUGAGACCAGCUAAAUUAGGUUAUCACAUGGGGUGCAUAAUCUCAGAAGGCUCUCAUUCUGGCAGUUAAGAUACAGCUGCAAUCACAAACAAUUCCUCCCCUCCUACGGCACCUGAACUUUGUUGCCUGAGACAGCUCCUUCACUCUGGCUAAUGGUAGUGCCGGCCCUGGUUCUAUGGUAACCCAGGCAAAAACAAAGUCAAUUUGAAAAUAAUUAUUUAUAUUUGCAUUGCAAUCCAAAUAUUUGCCAAUUGAUUGAUGACAAUGUAAGCUACAUCGUAAAAAUACAAUAUUCAUCAAUUUACUGACUGGCAUGGCAGAUGUUGUCUCAAAGUCAGAAUAAUAGUGGUAGACUUUGAAGGAGAAUUAUGUAUUGGUCUUUGGUAUUAUUUUAUUCAUGUAUUUGUUGCUAAGAAGGUAUGAAUGGCACCUGAAUCCUAUAAAUGUACCUACAUUUUUUCUAAAAAAAAACUUUUGUGAAAUUUAAGUGUUCGAAUAGAAGCACUACAGUGUGUUUUUUAAGGGAGGAGGGAGAAAAGUACCUCCCCAAAAAGUGGUUGUAUAGGCCAAUGUGGGAACAAGAAGCUUGAAAGAUAUAUCAGAAUUAGAGAUGGGGACAAAGUACUUUGUGUCCCUUCGCCGUAAGUCAUCUGCUCGGCAGCAGAGCUGUUGUACUUUCCCUGCCCCCAUCCCCCUCGCUGAUGCCUGGUGUGCGUUGCUCCUUCCCUCCCCAUUUCAUGAUCUUCCAGUACAGGCAGGAGCCUGAA